CUUCUGUUCUUAGCGGCUCUCUCCUCCAAUGUUGCCAGGCGGGAGGGCAGGCGGACGCACAGGCGUUGAUGCCAAAUCUGCCACCUCGGGCGGCGGCGGCUGAGCCAGGUACCCUGCUCUCCAGCUUUCCCGCUCUGGUGGCCGGGGACCCAUCCUGUACAGUUAGAGCCGGCCGGGGGAGAAGGGGCAGCUGCCCUGCCAAGAAGCUCAUCACCCUCAAGGCAAACACCUCCAACCCUCAGACCCCCGGGAGAUUCAGAAGCGCUAGACGGUCCAGGGGCGCGCAUCCUCACCUGUGCGCCCCAGGGCCUGACGUAUACGCUACGCAUGCGCCAUCCCUCCCUAAACUUUUGCGCCCCGCCUACGCACGCCCAUUGUUCGCUCACAGGUUGCAGAGUAUAAAAAGGCAACAGGCCAAAGAGAGCGCACUCCGCUUUUGGCCGAGUUGGCAGCUGAAGGAGAGUGCUCGGAGCCCAGCUCUCUAUCCAAGGACCAACCUCACCCAAGUUCUCUAGGGGCAGUUACUUAGGUAGGCCCUGCCCCUCACCCCCGCCCCAGGCACUGGGGGACCAGCACCUGCCAGGAGGGCUCGGCUGCCCCCAGCCCGCUCCCCGCGCCCACCGACUUCCCGUGGCCGGCCCGGGUAACCCAGCUGUCUAUGGCCAGCUAUCCACUCGCAGGCCAGCCCACAAGUGUCCAGUGACUCUGCAUCUGCGCUUUGCCACAGAGUCUCUGAGACCCCAUUCUACCAUCCCGCAGACCCUGCGCUCCUUUCUGGGGGUCCUUAUCUCCAUCUGCAGUCGAGGCCAUCGGAAGAAGGAGGUGAUGGGUGCUCGCACCUCCACGACAUCCCGCAGCUCAGUGUCCGCAGUGGACACAGUCACUGUCAGUGUGGCGCAGGGGCAGCCAGUGCCACCCACGACACCCAGCUGUGUCCCGAACUACAGCACAGAUAGGACGGUGUUGAGGGCCCUGGGAGAGAGUGGGCAAGGGAUGGCCAAGGAGGAGGAAGUCCCCACAGUCACAGGGAGGAACGAAGACCAGAGAAGCAGCCCCGAUGACACCGGGGGCGCACGAUCUGCAUUUAGGCCCCUGGGGGGCUCUUUCUUCGUGCCCAGGCCUGGACCUCUGCAGAGAGACCUCCAUGCCAAGAGGGCAGAAGACAGAGCCAACAGGAAACCGCAGACCUCUUGUAUGAGCUCCUGCCCCCAAAGAAACGCCAUCACGAGCUCAUAUAGCUCCACCCGAGGUUUCCCGCCAGUGAAGAGAAGGAGGGGUCCCGCCAUACCGCAAGGGCUGCCCCAGAAGUCUGCAAAGAAAGGGAGCGAGGAGGGCCCUCCGUCGCCCUCUGCAGCUCCGGUGGUUUCCCAGAGGAAAAGCCAGCCUGACAAAGAUGCAGAGGCAACAAGAGGGCAGAAACGGACCUGGAGGAACGGCUCCCGCACAUCUGACAGUCCCAGGCCCCGAAAACGCAGGAUUCUUCUGCUGCUGCCCAGGCGAGGGGAGCCUCUGAGGCUCCAGACCUCUUGUAUGAGCUCCUGCCCCCAAAGAAACGCCAUCACUAGCUCAUAUAGCUCCACCCGAGGUUUCCCCCAAGUGAAGAGAAGGAGGGGUCCCGCCAUACCACAAGGGCUGCCCCAGAAGUCCGCAAAGAAAGGGAGCGAAGAGGGCCCUCCGUCGCCCUCUGCAGCUCCGGUGGUUUCCCAGAGGAAAAGCCAGCCUGACAAAGAUGCAGAGGCAACAAGAGGGCAGAAACGGACCUGGAGGAACGGCUCCCGCACAUCUGACAGUCCCAGGCCCCGAAAACGCAGGAUUCCUCUUCUGCCGCACAGGCGAGGGGAGCCUCUGAGGCUGCCCCCAGCCCCUGAGCUGGGUUUCCGGGUCACCGACGAAGACCUAGACUCAGAGAAGGAAGCAGCGUUCCGGCGCAUCAACAGUGCGCUGCGGGGUGAGACCUAGGCCAUCGGAGGCCUGGGCGCCAUGCAGCCUUCCUAUCCCUUCCCGCUGCCUGCCACAGGGGCUGCUUCUCCGCAGAAAAUGUUUCAUAGUUAUUUCUAUUUUAAUAUGAUCAUGGUACAUUAAAAUAUAUUAGUGCUUGCCUGUGAAUACUAAGGUCGCUUGACUUGUAAUUUUCUAUAUUGUUCUAUAUUUUUGUAACUAAAGGCAUUACUUGGGUGAAUUAAAAGAAUAUCUUGAAGCGAUUUUGGCUUUUGAUCUGCCACUAAUUCCUAUUUAACCUUAAUUCAGGGGUCGGAUUCUUUGACCCAAGGAAACAGAAUAGUAUAAAAAGAAAGAAUGUGAGUGUCAGAUUGUGGCAGUGAUUAAGUAUAGCAAGAGACGCCUUUGCAAAAGUUACUGUUGGUCCCAGAAGACUCUCACUUAGCUGUGUGACCCUGGGCAAGUCACUUCACCUAAAUCUCUGAAUUAUAGGGCUGUGCUGAUGAUUUAAAAGUGACUGGGCACGGUGGACGCUCGG